AUGGGUUAUAGAGAGAGCUUAGUUUUGGUAAACAGUUUGGUUUUGGCAGUCUUGGCAUUAGCUUUGUUUUCUUCUGGUGAAAAGCUUUCGGUUUCUUACGAUGGAAGAGCUCUCACGAUUAAUGGACAAAGAAAAAUUAUCGUCUCGGGUUCAAUUCAUUAUCCUCGCAGCACUCCUGAGAUGUGGCCACUUUUGAUAGACAAGGCUAAACAAGGUGGCAUUGACGCAAUUGAAACCUAUGUGUUUUGGAAUGCACACGAGCCUCAACAAGGCCAAUAUGAUUUUUCAGGAAAUAAUGAUCUGGUCAGAUUUAUUCGGACAAUUCAAGAACAAGGGCUGUAUGCUAUUCUCAGAAUUGGACCAUAUGUUUGUGCCGAAUGGAAUUAUGGUGGAUUUCCUGUUUGGUUGCAUAACCUUCCAGGCAUUGAGUUCAGGACCAAGAAUAAAGUUUUCAUGGAUGAAAUGGAAAAAUUCUCCACAUUGAUAAUAAAUAUGAUGAAGGAGUAUGAGUUAUUUGCAUCACAAGGAGGACCCAUAAUUAUUGCUCAGAUGAUUGACACAAAAUUGAAGGAAUAA